AUGCCCGCCAUCAUGGCUGCUGCGCCCUACGAGAUACGGACGGGCGGCGACGGCAAGAGCAAGAAGCAGAGCAUGGCCGAGCUCAAGCUGCGACGCCUUACUGAGCUCAACCAGCGCCUGCGCGAGGACCUGGAGCGUCGCAGGAUACCCGUCUCCGAGGCUGCGUUAGAUUUAAUCGCCUUCACCGACAAAGAACCCAAGGACUGGAUGGUACCAUCACGAUGGGGCACGAUUGACAAACGCGACGACCCUUACGCGCCACAACAGAGUAGCGGCUGCUGCAUCGUAAUGUAA